GAGAAUAAACGGAUAAUCAAAUAUCUGAAUUCAAUCCGCAUCCCUAUCUGGUCAAGUAUAUCGAGCUCCGAAUACAUCCGAUCCGUUUACAUCAUAUAGGCCAGCGUAUACCCAUCUCCUGCUCUUCCGACACAGGGGAACAAGAAGAGUUGGCGAAGAUUGCAAUGUCAGCAGCAUCAGUAGCAGCACCAUCAUCCAUUGUCUUCCUUGCUCGAUACAGGGCCAAAUCUUUCUUCAUUCCCUUGGCCUCGUUUUCAGGCCAAAACACUCCUUUAGCCACAAAGAAACUGGUUCUCUACAGCAAACCUGGUUGCUGUUUGUGCGAUGGCCUCAAAGAAAAGCUUCAAGCAGCUUUCUCUCUCACCGGCCCAGAUUCUCUCAAUGAUGUCCAUUUGCAGAUAAGAGAUAUUACCAGUAACCCCGAAUGGGAGAAAUCGUACCAGUACGAGAUACCUGUGCUGGCUAGAAUUCUUUCUGAUGGAACCGAGGAGACACUUCCAAGAUUAUCUCCUCGUCUUGGAGUUGAGGUCAUCCAAAAGAAACUCGCUGCUGCAUUGAGACAAUAGGGGAUAUCGGGAGCCUUGUGCACUGGAUUGCUUUUUUUUCUUUCAGCAAUGUAAAAUAGUUCUUCUUAAGUGUAUGAUAAGAACUGGUUUUUCAUCUUUGAAGUUCUUUCUCCUUUCCCCCCUUUUCUGUUGUCUGUUUAAGUACUGAUCAGUGUUGCGCAAAUAUGUUCUUUCUCAAACCAUGUUUAUUUAUCUAUCGUUAGUCGGACUGCCCCGAAAUUUGAUCUA